AGUUAAGCUUCUGCGUGAAUACCCUCUGUAUAUAUAUUGAUUACAAGACAGCAAUAAGAAACAACUUAGCUUGGCUUUUUAUAAUCUUGAGCCUAAUACACCGCAGGCAUGGGACAACUGAUACCUACAGAUCAAUAUGCAAACUACUUUCAAAUUAUAUGUUUUACCUUGUAGAGAUGCGGCCCACCAUGAUGGCCGGUGUAUUGGACAAUUGGAAAGAUGAGUUUAAAAGAACAUCUAAACAGACCAAGUCAAUAGUACCCUGGAAGUUUUUCUCAAAUGAGAGGAGUUUUGCUAAAAAGGUCUUGUUCGGGUCCCAGGAAGUAAAAGUAAGAAUAGAAGAAGAAGAAGAUGAUGAAGAAAUGAAGUUAUUAUCUGAAGCAGUUGAGGUUGCCCGUGGGCUCGAACGGGAGGAUGGUUAUCCAUGGGAGGGAAUUGGCAAAGUUUGGGUACAAUUGAUGUGCUAUGCUGCUACUAAAUGCAGGCCGAAUGUCCAUGCAGAUCAACUAAGCAAGGGUGGAGAACUUCUCACGUUCGUUUGGUUGUUGAUGAGUCAUUUUGGUUUUGGAACUAAAUACAGAAAGUUGAGAGAAUAGUUCAAAAAAGAACCUGAAAGAAGACGGGGAAGAAUAAGGAUCAUUUAUGUAUGUUUUGUACUUAUAUCUGUAACUGGGUUCUCUGUUGUCUUAAAUUGUUUAUUGUAUUAUGUUAAAUUAAUUUUGUACUAAAUUUCUGUGUUUAAA